ACAACUCCACCUGUUGACACAUUUACUUCCCUGGUACAUCCUGACUGGGAAAGGGCAGGAUUGAAAAAAGUGAAAACCUCAUUACCUCACUACUUUCCAAGAAUGCCAGCGGAUAAGAUUGAAGCAUGGAAGAUGUUCUCCCUCGAUACUCUUGAACUGGUGAAGUUUUCAAGUCCUGAAGCUAUCAUCGGUUCGGUGGGAAGCCGCAGGCAGGGGGCAUGUAGUGGGACUGAAGAUCUCCAGCCAGGAAUGCUCGCAGCCGUCUAUACAUAUGAUGAGGUAUCCCGUCCUUGGUUGGGAGAGGUUCAGGCAAUAGAAGAUGGCGAUACAGUGAAGAUCCACUGGUAUAUGGGAGGCUAUCCCAAAUCGUGGAAGCCCAUGUCAGGAACCAACAGCACGUCAUCUGUUCAUAGUGAAUCCCUUCUAUUAUGGGGGUUUACACUCACUGAGAAAAGUCAGCAACUGACGAGUGAAACAGCUGCAGAACUGAAGUGGCUCUAUCAAGAAACAGAUAACCGGAUGACGAUCCAACAAGACCGCAUCUCAGAGGAAGUAUAGAUUUAAAUUAUUCAUGGAAAUAUCUGCUUACACACAAGGAAGGACAGUGAGGAGGCUCCCAAGGGAGGAAGGAUUCUGUUAGCAAUUUUCUCCAGGACGGAGGCGAGACUAAUUCUUAGUCAGUCAUGUAUUAAACCCCCUACUAAAUCUAACUGAAGCAUUGGAUCAUAGCUUUGUCCUUUCUCACCUCCAGGAAUUCCUGCCCCUUCGGAGAUCAGCAGAGGAUGCAUAAGGACACUCUUCUAAUGCUUCUCAGCAGGGAUGCAUUCACCAUAUCGUGCUCUCCCAUGGACAUGAAUAAUAGCAUCUUCCAGGUGAUGAUUUCAUGGAGAUGGAAGGUGGAGCUUGCCUACACCCAGCUUUAACCUUAUUCCUGGAAAAUGUGGAAGGUGGAUCACAUCUCAUCGUGCAUCACAUCUCAUCUGAACUUCCAAAAUGUCGAAGACUUAUGGAACAUUUUGAACUUGUUUCAAGAUAUUGCAGUGUGACUCAUAUACAUUUUUUGUUUUUCAUCCUGUAUGCAUCAUAUAUAGUAUAAUACCUUGCAUUGAGUUUGAGUUUGUAGUGAACAUCCUGUUUCCAGGAUGAAAUGCU